AUGCCUCCCAAUACCGGAAAAGCAAUCGGCGACCCCAGCGACGAUACCUACGUUGCACAGGUGCUCGCACGAGAGGCACGGGAUAGCUCCCUGAAAUACUCGGCACAUGGAUUGGAAGCAUACAUGCCCAAAAGGCCUACAGGCGCCGCUCCUAAACCGAACACACGAUUCCUCCGACAUAUAAUCCGAGAGACGGACAAUCACAAUACAGCAUUGAAACGGAAAGAAGAACGGGAGGCCAGGGAGCGAAUGCGACAGUUGCGGAACCAGGCCUCAUCCUCUUCAGCGAACGAUACGAAUCGCGAUCAACGUCGCAGUCGGCGUACGUCAACCGAUCGAGAGUCGCGACGUGAUAGAAGACGAGAUCGUGAGGACAAAUAUGACUCUAGUCGAAGGAAACAUAGGAGUCGCUCUGCAUCGGAGGAGAGAGGCCAAUCGCAUAGGAGCCGACGGAGGCGUGACCCUCAAGAUACCGAUGACGACCGGCAUAGAUCCUCGAGAAGGAGUCGUCGCCACCGAUCUGAUUCUCGUUCAAGGAGUCGAUCCCCGGAACACGGCCGGGAUGUUGAUUCUCGCAGCCAUCGCCGACGAUAUCGCAACCGCCAUGAGUCGUCACGAUCACGUUCGCGGUCCCCAGGAGCAUCUGACAGGCGCAGGACUAGAGAUAGCGAGCGCAGGGGUCACCGCAGUUCUCGUGAUAAGGAACUGUCUAGAAGAAAUAGUACAUCGACAAGCAAAGAAAAAACGUUUACUCAUGCACCAUCCAAGGAGGAAACGCCUUUGGAUGAUGAGUCGGAUCCCCUUGAAGACCUUGUCGGACCCCUACCGGCGAAAGAUAACGAUCAUGGGUAUUCAGCGCCCAUUCGUUCCCGCGGUCGCGGUGCCUACAAACCCAACAUGAGCAACAUCGAUGCACACUUUGCCCCUGACUACGACCCCACUACGGAUGUACAUUUGGAGGAUGAUGAUGCGCAGGCAGGUAGCAGGCCUAUCCGCCGUCCUGUCGCUGGUCUAAUGACUGGAGAUGACGACUGGGAGCUCUCUCUGGAGGCGUUGCGUGAUCGGGCAAAAUGGAAGCAGAGGGGCGAGGAGAGGUUGCGGGAAGCUGGCUUCAGUAACGAAUUUGUGGACCGUUGGAAGAGCAACACUACCUCCACGCCAGGGGAUGACUCAGAAGGCAGGCUAGAGGAUGUGAAGUGGUCUAAGAAGGGUGAGGGGCGAGAGUGGGAUCGGGGCAAGUUUGUUGAUCAGGAUGGGCAUAUUGACGUUAAAGCUUCCUGGUGA